AUGUCGAAGAAACAUUUGAGCGAUGAAGAGCUCGCGAGCUCGUGGCCGUACCUCACGCGCGCGCAGGUGCAGGAGUUCAAGGAGGCGUUCGAUAUCUUCGACGUCGAUCGGGGGGGGACGAUCACGUCGCAAGAACUCGGGGAGGUGAUGAAGAGCCUCGGGCAGAAACCCACGAAGGAGCGGUUGGCGGCGAUGGUGAGUGAGAUCGACGCCGACGGCGACGGCGAGAUUGAUUUCGCGGAGUUUUUGACGAUGAUGCUGCGACAGAUGAAUGAUGGUGAUCCGGAGAAGGAACUGCGGGAUGUUUUUGCGGUGUUCGAUAAGGAUCAGAGUGGGACGAUUUCGGCGGAGGAGUUGAAGUCGGUGAUGCGCAUCGUGGGGGAGAAAUUGACGGAACAAGAGAUUGAAGACGCGAUUCGCUUGGCGGAUACCACGGGCGAUGGGGAGGUGGAUUACGAUGAGUUCGUGUCGUUUGUGUUGUCGAACGAGUGA